CGUAGCAGAUAAGAACAUUAAUUUCCAGACAAUGACCUGUGGUAGUUCUUUUCUUCGACGCCUCUCUACACCAUCAUCGGUCACAAAACCCACAUAUGUAUUGACUACGCAGUGGAUUUGGUAUUGGAAGAAUGAUCAAGGCCAGUGGAUUGAAUAUGGAGAACAGGGAGAAGGGGAUAGUGUGAAGUCGCCAUCUUCAGAAGUUCUUGAGAAUUUGUACCUAGCAGAUCCAGAUGCCACCAUAUCUUUCCAGGCUGGCUUGAAAAGUUACCAGCUCAGUUUUAAAGAAAUGAUCCAGACAAACCUCGCUUUUAAGACUCGAAGACCGGUCUGCAGGCGACCAAAGUUUGUGUCAUCUGAAGAUGUGUAUAAGAUAAAGACAAGCCAGAGAGAUUCUUCUAUUCCAAAACAAGCCUGUCCUACCCACUGGGAUCCAUCUGCACUGCCUGACUUGGGAUACAAGGCAGUGGAGAUCAGUAACACAACCUCUGAAUACGACAGAAUAAAGCAGUUGUUUCUUCAGACUAUGAAAAGCUACAGUGUCCUUAAGAUACAAAGGAUUCAGAAUCCAUCCCUCUGGAAAGUGUUUCAGUGGCAAAAGGAGCAGAUGAAAAGAGAAAAUGGAGGGAAGGAAGUAAAUGAGAAGCUCCUGUUUCACGGAACCAAGAUCUCCUUUAAGGAAAGAAUCUGCGCUCACAACUUUGACUGGAGAAUCUGUGGAAGCAAUGGAACUAACUAUGGCCAGGGAAGUUACUUUGCCAGAGACGCUUCCUAUGCCCACACAUACAGUCAGCAGUUGAAAAUGAGCACCAUGUUCGUGGCUCGUGUGUUGGUUGGAGAGUACAUUAAAGGCAACGCAGCCUAUGUUCGCCCCCCACCAAAGACUGCUGACUGGCUUCGGUUUUAUGACAGCUGUGUGGACGAUGAACUCGACCCCUCCAUUUUUGUGCUCUUUGAAAAAAACCAGGUUUACCCAGAGUACAUAAUAGAGUAUAAGGGGGAAGAAAAAAGAUGUGUUAUAUCCUAG